CAUCGGGCCCCCAGGCGGGGCGACAGGAAUCGGGCCCCCAGGCGGGGUGACAGGCAUCAGGCCCCCAGGCGGGGCGACAGGCAUCGGGCCCCCAGGCGGGGCGACAUGCAUCGGGCCCCCAGGCGGGGCGACAGGCAUCGGGCCCCCAGGCGGAGCGGCGGGCGCCGGACCCCCAGGCGGAGCAACAGGUCUCGGGCCCCCAGGAGGAGCGACAGGUCUCGGGCCCUCAGGCGGAGCGGCGGGCGCCGGACCCCCAGAUGGAGCGACAGGUCUCGGCCCCCCCAGGCGGAGCGACAGGUCUCGGGCCCCCAAUCGGAGCGGCGGGCGCCGGACCCCCAGAUGGAGCGACAGGUCUCGGGGCCCUCAGGCGGAGCGGCGGGCGCCGGACCCCCAGGUGGAGCGACAGGUCUCGGGCCCUCAGGUGGAGCGGCGGGCGCCGAGUCACCAGGCACGACAGUGGGCUCCGAGUCAACUGGCAUGACCGCUGGCACU